GUGCCUUGCGUCGUUUCCAUGGACACCACGACACUACACUACUUUAAACAUUUUUCACACAUGUUGAUCACGCUACUCGUCCGAUGCUGAUGCCGUGCGCCCUUCAUUAGGCCUAAAAUAAAAAUUUUCUGUCAACGAAGCGAUCUGAGCGAACCAGUCCAAGUUUGGGAAAAGUGCAAACAUGUCUGAUGUGGAAGAAGACGCAGUUCUGUCAGAUGCAGAUGACGGAGCAAGAAGAGAGAAGACUGGAGAAGGAAGCCAGGAACUGGUUCAAUGUUUAACCCAAAACGACAUACAAGAAGGCCUUUCAUUAUUAUGCAAAACUGGAAAUGGGUUAGCUCAUGCUUUUAUAAAACUGGACCUAAAGAAAAGGAGACUAAGCAACAUCUCUGCAAUCAGCAACUUUAUUCACAUACGCUUCCUGGAUUUGUCAAAUAAUCUUCUCAGUGACCUAUCACCUUUAGCAUCACUGACACAACUGCUUUGGCUUAAGGCAGACCGUAAUGAAAUACAGUCUUUCAGGAGACAGCCUUUUGCACAACUCACAUUCCUACAAUGGCUCAAUGUGGCUGUGAAUUUACUGACAGAUACAGGGGACCUGGUUGGGCCCUCUUUGGAGACCCUAAAUCUCAUAGGUAACAGAAUUGAAAAGCUAUCAUGUCUCGAUGGUCGUUUUGCCAAUCUGACUACAUUAGAACUGAGAGGAAACCAACUGGAAACAACUGAAGGAAUUUACUUGCCAAAUUUGCAUCACCUGUACAUGGCCCAAAAUGUUAUUAAGCAUUUGAAAGGAUUAGAGAAUUUAGAGAGACUUCAAACUCUGCACUUAAGAGAAAACCAAAUAGAAACGUUGGAUGGGCUUAACUUAAACAUGAGGUGUCUUCAGUAUCUCAAUAUCAGAGGCAACAAAGUUGCAAAUGAGAAUGCCAUUCAGAGCCUGCAAUAUGUCUCAAAAUCCCUGCAAAUAUUAGUGCUUUCAGAAAACCCUGUGGUGGAAUCCACAGAGUACCGUAUAAAUAUAGUGAUGCUUUUGCCAAAUUUGGAGAGGCUUGAUAAAGACCCUGUUACAUCUGAUGAAAGGGUUGAGGCCAAGGAAAAAUUCAAGGAACUUUAUGAAGAGGAAACAGUUGAGCCAUGAGUACUUGAGUAACCUGUGUGAAAUGAGGAAGUGUCUGAAAUAUUUUCCCUGAAAUUUUGAUUUUUGUUUAUAUGCUUACUUAAUAGGUUUACUGCAACUGAAACGUUUGGUAUACAGGCCUGCGUGUUUUUUUUUAUUUUUUAUUUUUUUUAUUUAAUAAAAAAAAAGCUGUAUCAUU